AUGUUCCCUGUGCAAGAGGUUCACGACCGUCGUGGUUCUUCUCCGGCCACAGCCAACAUGCUGGGCAUCGCAAGCAUGACGAACAGAGAGGGAUUCUUUCCUAGAAAGCUGUCCACCGACUACCUAUCUUCUGUUCCAAGAUCUCUUCUCCACCCACAAACCCCUCCAGACUCAACCUCUGCGAGUCCCAUCGUCAAGCCGGAGGGAUCCUUCUCAGCUGCGUCAAGUAACGUCUCCCGGGAGUGCUCCCCGAUGCCUCGUUUGACUCGCCUAAACUCAUACGCCAACCCGCCUCCCAUCAAGCUGCCGAGCCUUAGGGAGUUCGAUCAAGGUGUGGACGCCAUCGCACGAUCGUAUGGAUCAACACGGUCUUGGACCCCUCCCUCGCCUCUCUCCAGCCUCCCUCCUCCCUCUCCACUAUCCAGCCUUCGUCGUGGCUCCUUACUUCCCCAACCGCUGCCGUCGAUGCUGGCUUUCUCGAUUCAUGAGCCCACGUACCCAAACUACGCCAUUAGCAGCGACUUCUGCCCUUCAAGGCUGGACGGCUACCCUAGCCCGCCUCCCGACAGCGAAGGGCGGCACAUCAACCAGAAGUACACCCAAGAAGAGGGCGACUUCAUCAUCUAUGCCUGGCACGACAGGAAGCUGAAGUGGCAACGAAUCAAGCAGGAAUUUGCAGAGAGGUUUGGCCGCACACCAGAAAGGACUGUUCAAGGCCUCCAAGCCUGGUACUACCGUAUGAAUCAGCGCAUUCCGGUCUGGGACAGAGAUGGCAAUCUCAUCUUUGAUAACGAUGAUGACUUGGAGCCGAGACACGUCAGCAUCAAGUGCCGUGAGAGAGACAGCCAAGACCGGCCGAUGGAGCCUAUGGGGCUUGCCCAGCGUUACCCCGACCGAGCUGUCUUUUAUGACUGGGUAGACGACGAAACAAAGAUGAAGUGUAUGGACUGGGCCAAGAAACGCCUCCAUCAGCUCAGGGAACGCAGGGAGCGGCGAAGGAGAAAGGAGCAGAGGCGUCUCAAGAUGUGA